CUGGACAGAAAAACAGAAGCAAAGUUAACAAGCCUAUUUCUUCUAUCUUUUGCCCCUUUUUCCUUUUUUCUCUUUUGAGAUUUCACUUUGUGUGCAUUUCAUUAGGGGGAUCAGGCUUGGUUGCAAUCUCCUACUCGGAUUGCAGUAUGGCCGAUAGUAAUCCAGAGAGACAUAUGGUGAAGAGCACGUGCACGAGCAGAUGAUUCUAUGUCAACGUCUUGAUUACAAGAAUACCUUCAGCAUUUAGGUUGUAUAUACUGCAAGACUUGUUCAACUGAUGCAAAGAACACUUCCUUUGACGAGUCUCUCAGAAGGACUUUUUUGGGGUUUUCAUUUGAACUCAGACAAGCAAUAAGCUUUGAAGUUGACUUAGGAAAUUUCAUUGAAUCUUCACUUUGCCGAAGCUAUUAUAGAGAGAGAGACAGAGACAGAGACAGAGAGAUAGUACCCGCAUUUAGAAAGAGUAGAAAUCGUGGGCAUUUCAUCUUAGAGAGAGAGAGAGAGAGAGAGAGAGAGAGAAACCCACUAGCCUUCUCUGGCUCUAUAUCCAACGUUAACUUAACCAAUAGUCGCCGGAAAUAACGAAUUCAGGUCAAAAUCCAUUGGGAUCCACACAAUCCGACCUGACCCGGUUAAUACUCGAGAUUUUUUCCUUGAUAGAUCGCGUUGGUGUAUGCUUUCUGAUGUUUCUUUCAUUCCAUGGAGUUAAUCUGAGUUUAUUUUAGAGGAUUGAGCAAGAAGGGAACAAAAGGAAAUAAUGCCCUCUAAGAGGCACAUUUUCAGCAUUUCCGGACCUGUACAUCUCACAGUUGUUGACUGGACAAAUCCAGAUCACCGAAGAUCCAUCCUCGCCAGCUUGGUUCAGGGAGUCUACCGUCUAGAACGCGAUCGUCUGGGGAAGCGCCACGGACCUAAAGCUCUUGCUCCACCCUGGUGGGAUUCCUUCCAUUUCCGAAUCAGAACGAAUGGCGUUCUCACAGACGUUGACGGCUCCAUAAUCGGCGCCGUUUAUGAGUACUACAAGCAUCCAGCUUCUGCCCCAAACGUCCCGAGAUAUGUCAUCGCCUUUCGGGGCAUGAUCAAGAAACUAAGCACCAUAUUACGGGACCUGAAGUCUGGCGUCUGGUACGCCGUUAACGAACUUCAACGGAGCUCCCACUUUCAACGCGCAAUGCAUGCCGUUCAGGAGUUGGUUGCUUUUGCCGGAGCUCCAAAUGUAUGGCUGGCCGGACAUUCUCUGGGGUCGGCAAUUGCAUUGGUUGUUGGAAAGAACAUGGUCAAGAUGGGUUGUUUUCUUAACGCAUAUCUUUUUAAUCCACCAUUCGUAGGUCUCCCCAUAGAGCUGAUCAAGGAUGAGAAACUGAAGCAAGAGAUCCGCUAUGCAAGCACCGUCGUCAAGGCAGGCGUCGCCAUUGCCGUAAAAGGUGGCGAUCACCAACAACAUUCCGAGCCUUUUGCUGCGUUAUCUCACUGGUUUCCUCAGCUGUUCGUGAACCAAGACGAUCCUUUUUGCGCAGAGUAUGUCGGUUACUUUCAAAACAGGGUGGAUAUGAAGCAGAGCGGAGUUGAAAAGAUUGAGAGGAUUGCCGGAAAGAGUUCCAUUUCGAGUCUAUUGUCAAGUGCACUGGCCGGAGGUGAUUCAGAAGCAUUGCAUCUUCUUCCCUCGGCAUAUCUAACUAUUAAUAAGGGUUCAACGCCAGGUUUUAGGCGAGCUCACGGAAUUCAUCAGUGGUGGGAUCCUUCUUUUAGGUGUGAAUCCAUGCAGUAUCGGCAUCACCUGUAUUAAAUAGCUAUAAAAUUCUAAAGCUACAUAUAUGUUCAUUAGAGCACCAGUAACGGACACUCAAUUAUUUGUCCUAUAAAAUCCACUUUACACUAAA